AUGGCCUUACCCUUCUCCUUCCUGGUGGCCCUGGUGGUGCUCAGCUGCAACUCCAUUUGCUCUACAUGCUGUGACCAGACUCAGAUCCAUAGCCUGGUUAAAAAGGAAGCCUUGAUUCUCCUGGUACAGAUGAGGAAAUUCUCCCCUUUCUCCUGCCUAAAGGACAGAAAGGAAUUUGGGUUUCCCCAGGAGGUGUUUGGUGGCAACCAGCUCCAGAAGGCUGAAGCCAGCUCUGUAGUCCAUGAGAUAAUCCUGCAGACCUUCCACCUCUUCAGUAAAGAGAGCUCAUUUGCUGCUUGGGAUAGGACCCUUCUAGGACAAUUCUGCGCUGGACUUUUUCAUCACUUGGAAGCUUGUCUGACACAGGAGGCAGGGAUGGAAGAAACUCCCCUGAUGAAUGAGGAUUCCAUCCUGGCUGUGAGGAAAUACUUCCAGAGAUUCCGUUUCUACCUGCAAGAGAAGAAACACAGCCCUUGUGCUUGGGAGAUUGUCAGAGCAGAAACCAUGAGAUCCUUGUCUUUCGCAGCUAACUUGGCGAAAAGAUUAAGGAGUAAGAAAUGA